ACUUUAAAAUACCAACAGUAAGCUAAAGGAGGAGGGGGUGGCGGUGAUUACCAGCCAGCCACACGUUACCAAAACAUGUUUAUCCGCCUUUAUCUCGGAGCUCGUGGGCUGAAUAAUGGAGACCGCUCAGCGAGGCUAAUGUUAGCUUCGAGGCUAGCAUGAACUGUGUCUGCUUUUGUUUACAUCCAGUCCUGAUGACGGGCCCUGAGCUGGUAGCUAACCCUCAUACCCGAGCUGUUUGAGGGGGGGAAGCCUCAUCCCUGCAGCCCCACUCAUCCAGACAACCGGGGGCCAUCUGAUAAAACUACAGACACCUUUACUGGGUGAUGGAAGUGUCCUCUCAGGAUCCAUCUCUCAUGGCUAUGGAUCUGUCAAAGAGCUACUCAGUCAACCCCCUGACCCGCAGCCGCGCUGAAGCCAUGGACCUCGCUAAGAAACCCGAGUGGUACCACAGACGCCCGCCAAGCUGCAACACGGAGGUCGGCUCCUCGUACCGAACCCGAGCCUCGUCCUCUUACAACUCUCUGCGUCCCGAGGCGGGUGCACCGGUCCACUGCAGAGACAUGGACCAAAGCCCCGAGGCUUUAGGCAACUACAUGAAUACAGCGCUCGCUCCGGGCCUGGAUCUAUACCGCGACGGUGUCCACGGCAACCUGUGGCACUCCGGUUUCUACGGGGCCAACCAGAGCGGCGGCCAAGGACCCGAAAGCAGCGGCGGAGAGGAGAGCGACAGCGGCUCUGACGUCAUUGUUCUGGUCUCCUCGGCUAAGGAGCCGCUCUUAUGCAGUUCUUUCAUCCAAGACAGCGUGAGACACAUCGUGGAGCCUCUGUCCCCGGCUGUGUCCUCGCUGGAUGAAGGGAGAGGUUGCUACCACCUACCUCAGCCUCUGAGCUCACCCAGCCCCGACAGCUCAUACUCGGAGGACUCUUCCGACAGCUCGGUGGACAUUCCCGUACAUCACACCAGGCCUGUAGUCCUCCUGUCAGACCUCAGCGCCGUUUAUGGCAACCCUGCUGAAUCUCCUGUAGACAUUUCAAGCGACGACAGCGACGUUAUCGAAGUUUCGGUGACGAGAGACAAGAAGAAAGGCCACGCUUUUCCUUGUAAGAAAAGCGCUCCUUGUAAGAAGAGUCUGGUGAGGCAAAGUUCUCCUCGAAGCGAAGGUGAGAAAGCUCCAACCAGACAAGUGCGACACAGCACCAGACUUAGGAAAUCUGUGUCCGAGAUGCCUCAGUUCACCUGCACCCGGUCCAGGCACAGCUUGAGGAGGCAGGUCAAAAACGACGCGGUGGGUAUUUAUAACGAAAGUGGCGACUCUGACGACGUGAUGGAGUACGUGGUGAGGUUGUCCAGCUCGGAUGCUGACGAGUCGACGUCGCAGCCCAACCUGUCGCAAAGAGUGAGCAGCAAUUCAGAAGACUCUGAUGAGGACGCUCGGGCGGACAGGAAGUCGCCCUCUAAACCGCAGCAGAAAGAGCAGCAGCCUUGCCGCAAAGCUUCAUACACAAAAAACGUCAAUCAUAAACGAAAGAAGCCUCUAAACAUUCCUAAAAAUAAAAGGUUAAGAAGAAGCAAGCAGAAACAAAGCCACAGAAUCCCCUCAAAGCAGCAUCAAAGGGCCGCGGCCAGCAGCAACAAGACGGCAAACAAAAAAACUGUCAUGAGACGCAGGAAAAAGCGCCGCUCACUGACCGGACCGUCCACUCCGUUUUCUCCCACAGAGCCUGAAAUCAUGCUCAAAUUUUUAAAGGUAAAAGAGGAAAAAAAGGACAAGAAAUCAGAGAGUUUUUGCCCGUUCGUUCACAUGGAGAAGCGAGUGUGCACUGUGGUCAACUAUCGAGAAGAGGAGGCGAGCGUGAGGAGCAGCAGAGGAAAGCAGCAGACGGCAGCCAGGUCUCUGUCUGGAUUCGUCCCCAAUACUUCCUGUUUCCAGCUGGGUCGGCUCAGCUCGGAAAGCAGGUGUCACGCCACGUUGCUAUGCUGCCUGUGCGGUCAGGUGGCCAACGCUAGGGGCCUCGGGGACCUGCACGGCCCCUACUGUCCCACCGGCUCGUCUGUGGACUGCCAGACUCAGCAGGUCGGCAGGACGUUGCAGAAACAGGAAGAGAACUCACAUGAACCCGCUAACAGCCACUCACUAAACUCCUCAGACGAUGGUUGUGAGUACGAUCGCUCUGCUGUCAUAGGUUUGCCCGACAGCGAGGACCACUCUCUCCCUAAGGUGCCUCUUCAUCUCGAUGAGUGCUGGAUGCACGAGGACUGCGGCAUCUGGUCGGCCGGGGUUUUCCUGGUCAGAGGAAAGCUGUACGGCUUAGAGGAAGCAGCUCGGCUCGCACAAGAAACAAUAUGUUCAACAUGCCAACAAACAGGUGCAAUAAUGGGAUGUUUCCAGAAGGGCUGUCCCAGAAAUUAUCACUACAGAUGUGCCAUUCAGUCAGGCUGUGUCUUAAACGAAGACAACUUCUCGAUGAGAUGUCCGGAGCACAAGAACAAACUGUUCACAAGUGUCACCAGGCAACAGAAGAGAUGACGAAAAAAACAACAUCUGGAGAGAGAUCCACAGCUCUCCUCAGGGUGCGACGUGAUCUGCCCGACUUCACCUCUGCUGUUUUAUAACACUAAUUAAGGCGAGCGUGUGUGUGUGUGUGUGUGUGUGUGUCUGGGUGUGUGUGUGUGUGUGUGUGUGUGUGUGAGUGUGAGUGUGUGAAAGUGUAUAUGACUUAUUUAUUCCUCUUCUUGAUGAUCCACAUUUGUACUAGCUACAUCAAAUACAGUUUUAUUAUUUCAACAUGAUAAUUGUAUAAGAAUUUAAAUUUAGCUUUAUUGAUUUGUUGUAUAGAGUAUAAUAUCUUUAUGUAAAGUCACUUCUUUUCUUUCUACAGUUUUUGUACUACUUUUAUAUUACUGUUAGUGCUUCAGUCAUCACAUAACAUAAUUUAUUUCUGUUGAAUCGCAUGCACAGUUGAUGUUUGCUACAAUGCACUUUAUAGUAUAAUUUUAUUAUAGCAGUUAUUUAUGUCUGUUUCUAGACUU